GGCAAGCGCGGCGCCGGCGCCAACAAGCGGCAGAUGUCCGUCAGCAGCUCCGAGGAAGAGGGGGGGUCCACGCCCGAGUACUCCAGCUGCGAAGACGUGGACAUCGAGAGCGUCAGCGAGAGAGUAGGUGACUGGGAGUGCUACCCUCUGGAUCCAGCCGCAUGGCAUAAGCCUCGCUCUCCUCAGCAUCCGGUGACAUGGCAGCCGUCCAAGGAAGGUGAUCAUUUAAUCGGCCGCAUCACUCUGACCAAGAGGACCGCCAUGCCCAAAGAGGCCGGAGCCAUGCUAGGAUUAAAGGUGGUCGGUGGAAAGAUCACAGAGACGGGCCGACUCGGGGCUUUUAUCACCAAAGUAAAGAAGGGCAGCCUGGCUGAUGUGGUGGGCCAUCUACGCGCAGGUGAUGAGGUGCUUCAGUGGAAUGGAAAAUCGUUGCCAGGAGCAACUAAGAAAGAAGUUUACAAUAUCAUUUUGGACUCGCAGUCCGAGCCCCAGGUGGAGCUGGUGGUGUCCAGGCCCAUUGGGGUGCAUAAAAGGCUUUAUGACAUACCAAGAAUCCCAGAAACAUCCCAUCCUCCAUUAGAAUCUACAGGUUCGAGCUCCUUCGAGUCCCAGAAGAUGGAGCGGCCCGUCAUCUCCAUCCUCUCCCCGUCCAGCCCCGGAGGCCUGCGGGACGCCCCCCAGACCCUGCCCGGACAGCUCUCGAUGAAGAUGUGGUACGAUAAGGUGGGACACCAGCUGAUAGUCAACGUUCUCCAGGCCAUGGAUCUGCCGGCCAGGCUAGAUGGUCGACCCAGGAACCCCUACGUCAAGAUGUACUUCCUGCCCGAUCGCAGUGAUAAGAGUAAAAGGAGAACGAAAACAGUGAAAAAGUGUCUGGAACCCAAGUGGAACCAGACGUUCCUAUACUCUCAUGUGCACCGGCGUGACUUCAGAGAACGUAUGCUGGAGAUCACCGUAUGGGACCAACCCAGAAUUCAGGAGGAGGAGAGUGACUUCAUGGGAGAGAUCCUGAUCGAGCUGGAGACGGCCCUGCUGGACGACAAACCCCACUCGUACAAGCUGCAGACGCACGACGUGUCGUCCAUCCCCCUGCCCAACCCCUCGCCAUACCUCCCCCGCAGACAUCCGCAUCCCGACUCGCCCGCCAAGAGGCUGCAACCUGUGGAGAACCGCUCGCGGGAUCGAGAGAGAGAGAUGGAGAGAGGAAGACAGAGGGACCGAGGGUCCACCAACCUGGAGGUCCCCGGAGACGCCCCGCGCUCCCCCCACCACCGCUCACGCUCAGUGUCGCCCCGGCGGGACGAGCAGGGCAGAGCGUGCUCACGGCCCGCCCACAUCCCAGCACAGAGGAGCUUGGAUGAAGGUCACCACAGCCGCCGCUCCCGAUCCCCGACCCGAUACCAGGACUACUCCCGGGGUCACCAGGAGCGGGAGUACGUGGACGAAAGUGAGGUCAUCAUGAUGCGCAGCUCGAUGCGUGGUAGAAGUGCCGAGUGCCUGCACACCGCAAGGAGCUCCUCUAAGUACGGUAGCUCUCUCCCUCCUAAGAUGCCUCUCUUAGUCAAUGGCAUCCAUAAGGAGUUCUACAGUGAUCUGCAGCCGUCUCUUGACAGGGUUAGGAGCGCUAGUGCCAACUGUCUGAGGCCAGAGUCUAAGUCCUAUUCGCCCGAGAGAGAAAGGCAACCAAGACCUCUGGACAAACCUAGCUGUCAGACACACGGCCAGAAACUCUCUGACAGUGACAGGACACAUCCACACGGAGGCCCUGCGUACACCUCCUCAUCCACAGGGUCGGCAACGGCCACGCGCAGGGGCAGGCAGCUACCCCAGGUUCCCGCCAAAAGCAGCAGUGUAGAGCAAGCCCUCGCAGCAGAGGAGCGAGCUCGACAGAUGAAAGUACAUUCCUAUAGACCGCCAGGCCCCUCCAGUGCCAGCCAGGACCUGGAGAGGGCGCUGAAGAGUAAAAGAGAGCUUUACAAGGAGCAGCGGCGGAGCUGUGACAAUGUAUCCCACAAGUCCUCGGACAGUGAUGUCAGCGAUGUGUCAGCCAUCUCUCGAGCCAGCAGUGCCUCUCGGAUCAGUAGCACCAGCUACAUGUCCAUUCAGUCAGAACGGCCCCGGGGGAGACUCAGCCGCCACAUGCGCCCGUCGGGCCGGAGCAUGCUGAAGAGCACGAGUGUGAGCGGCGAGAUCUACUCCAUGGAGCGCACCGACGGCAGCCAGUCGGACACGGCGCUGGGCAUGCUCGCCGACGGCGCCGACGGCAACGGCAAGAAGCGCCGCUCCAGCCUGAGCGCCCGCGUGGUCGCCAUCGUGGGCCUGCCAUCCCGCCUCAGCCGCAGCACCUCCCAGCUCAGCCAGACAGAAGCUGCCCAGAAGCAGCAGAAGACCAAGGGCAGCCAGGGUGGCAUCCAGCGUAGCCAGGAGACGGGCAUGGCAGUGGAGUACCCACGCAACGCCAUGGCCCGCCAGGCCAGCCGCGAGUCCACCGACGGCAGCAUGAACAGCUACAGCUCUGAGGGGAAUCUGAUCUUCUCAGGGAUGAGGCUCGGGGCUGACAGUCAGUUCAGCGACUUCCUGGACGGCCUGGGCCCCGGUCAGCUGGUGGGGAGACAAACCCUGGCCACGCCCGCCAUGGGAGACAUCCAGAUCGGCCUGAUGGACAAGAAAGGUCAGCUGGAGGUGGAGGUGAUUAGGGCCCGUGGCCUUACACCCAAACCAGGAUCCAAAAACCUCCCAGCUCCCUACGUCAAGGUCUACUUGCUGGAUAACGGGGUGUGUAAAGCCAAAAAGAAAACCAAGAUUGCACGAAAAACACUCGACCCGUUAUACCAGGAAGCGCUGCUUUUUGACCAGAGUCCGCAGGGUAAAGUUUUACAGGUCAUAGUCUGGGGCGACUACGGGCGAAUGGACCACAAAUGCUUUAUGGGAGUUGCACAGAUCCUAUUGAAGGAGCUGGACCUUUCAAGCACAGUGAUUGGCUGGUACAAACUCUUUCCUCCUUCCUCAUUGGUGGACCCUACGUUAGCUCCACUUACCCGACGGGCUUCCCAAACAUCACUCGAUAGUUCUUCAGUGCCGCCAGGCGUUCGGUCCUAGUGAAGGGGGAGGCAGGAUCCCCUCUCCCACCACCCCCCCCCCCCCCUCCCAGGACUACCUAAGCGGACCAAGGACACACACCUGUGGCAACAAUCAGAGCCCUGAGAGACGGAAAAGACAAACCAGAAUCACGAUCAAAGCUUUCGCUGGAGCCUGACAAUCACUUCUCCACCCCUUAUAUUUUGGUUCUUUUUGCCAUUUUUGUCCUUUCUCUGCAGGUCUGUCGAGGUUUGAUUUUAUUUUGUUGUUUUUGUUUCUUUUUUGUUGCUGGCUUCAUUCAUGCUGAAUGUGACCUGGUUCCAUUCAGUCCCAGUGCGGAAGGCGAGAACAGACCAUUUGUUGACUAAACUGGCCAAUCAAACUGGUCAGUCAAAGUAGUGAUGGCUGACUCCUGGUGGUCAACAGUGUCAGUAACAUCAUCAUGUUCUUUCUUCCUCCUUGCCAUAUAAGGAGUGUGGGCGUGUUUGGGACAGUUAAGACAGGGCUACUGAAAGUUAGGCAGGCCACUGUAAGACUGAGAGACCCCUCCUUGUCUGGGGUUGUACCACAGGUCAAAGGUCAAUAGGCCCCGCCCCCCUAUGGUACAUGCUGACCUUAACAAGUCUGUUUACAGAAGAUCUCUCCAACUGCUUUGCCUUCUCACUGUACUCGUAUCUUGGUACAGGGGCACACACACACACACACAUAG